CGCUUUCGUUUCGAGUGGAUGUGCUUCUGUGAGGAAGGAGCAGCAUGUCGGCAACAGAUGAUACUGACAGAAAGAACAAUACCACGGCGCUCGUGUAAUUCUCUCAGUGCUGCGGGGAUCACCUGCGGUGCAGCGGAGCAUGUUUACAUGUGAGGAAUUAAUACCAACCACAGCGUGAUGCCUAGAGAGGCUGUUUACUGCUACUAAAAGGAUGAUGGUGACGAUAAUGGGAGGAGGCCUUCGCCGAAGGUGCAGCCCGCGCUAGAGUCCUGAUCCCCGCCUCCACCGCCGCUCCCGCCACUGCUGUCCGCCCCGCUCCCUCCACCCCAGCCGCCGCCAUGGCCAACCACCUGGAGCUGAUCCAGGAGCUGCAGCAGCUGGACAAGGUGCCCAGCCUGGAGAGGCUGCGGGCGGCCCAGAAGCGGCGAACCCAGCAGCUGAAGAGAUGGGCCGUGUACGAGAAGGAGAUGCAGAACAAGAAGCGGAAGGCCGACAAGAAGGGCCGCAACGCCAACAACCUCCUGCAGUCCCACGAGUCCAAGAGGCACGUUUCGUUCGCCGCCAGCGUGGCGCUCCUGGAGGCGUCGGCCAGGAACGAUCCAGACGAAGUUCGUUACCUGCUGAAGAACAAUGUGAGUCCAGACCUCUGCAAUGAAGACGGUCUUACCGCCCUGCACCAGUGUUGCAUCGACAAUUACGAGGAGAUGGUGAAGAUCCUGCUGGACCGGGGAGCCAGCGUUAACGCUCAGGACAAUGAAUUGUGGACGCCGUUGCAUGCUGCUGCUACCUGUGGACAUGCGGGACUUGUCAAGAUACUCAUUGCACACGGUGCAGAUCUACUGGCUGUCAACUCUGAUGGAAACAUGCCCUACGACCUGUGUGAAGACGACCCGACACUGGAUAUCAUUGAGACGGCCAUGGCCAACCGAGGCAUCACCCAGGAGAUGAUCAACGAGACGCGAGCGUCGACGGAGAGGAGGAUGCUGGGAGACAUUCAGGAGCUGGUGAGACAAGGAGAGGAGGUCAACCAGCAGGACUCUCAGGGAGCGACUCUGCUCCACAUCGCGGCGGCGAACGGCUACGUGCAGGCCGCGGAGCUGCUGCUGGAGGGCGGGGCCCGCAUGGACCUGAGGGACUCGGACGGCUGGCAGCCGCUUCACGCCGCGGCGUGCUGGGGUCAGAUGCAUGUGGCCGAGCUGCUGGUGUCUCAUGGAGCCAGUCUCAACGCCAAGACCUUCCUGGAGGAGACCCCCAUUGAUCUGUGCGAGGAUGAGGAGUUCAGAGCCAUCCUGCUGGACCUCAAGCACAAGCAUGACAUUAUCAUGAAGUCUCAGCUCAAACACAAGACCUCGCUGUGCAGACGGACCUCCAGCGCUGGCAGCCGUGGAAAAGUGGUGCGGCGAGCCAGUCUGUCCGACAGACACAACUUAUGUCGUAAGGAGUACGAGACCGAGGCCAUCGUGUGGAGGGGAGGAAGAGAGGAAGACGACGAAAAGGAGAAGGAGUCUGAUCAGGAAAAUACUCAAACACUCCACGUCCGGCCCGUUGUGGCCGUGGAGCUGCCAGACAAGUCCAAGCUGCCCACCAUCCUCAAAGACAGCAGCAAGCAGAACGGCCUCAUCUCCACCGCCACGUCCACGCCCCCUCAGCCACCCUCCAACGGCAGCGCGCCGCCGUCCAGCAAAGGCUCCGCCAUCCCGGGCACGCCGCCCGCCCAGGAGGAGGCGUGGCCGCGGGAGCGUCCGCAGACUCUGUCAGAGCUGAAGAAGCAGAGGGCCGCCGCCAAGCUCUUGAAUCACCCCCUGUUCAACGGCCACCUCGGCAACGGCUCCACGGACUCCUUCGUCGAUGCCAAAAUGAACUCGGAGGACCCCCGCAUGCCGCUGGUGUCCUCCAACGGCAGCGCGGUCUACUACACGCCGGCCAGCGGCGACCCGCCGCUGCUCAGACUGAAGCAGCCGGUGGAGGAGGAGCAGCCCAAGGUGCGGACCUGCUGCUGCGUGUCGUAGCGUCCCCCGACUCACCCGACCGGAAGGGACCAACGGAAACGCUGCAGCAGGGAGGAAGGAAGGAAGUCGGUGGGGGGGGGGGGGGGGGGGGGGGGGUUGGGUCUCAACAUCCCCCUUCGGUCCAACUCUAAACUCUGGAGACGGUGAAAUGAGGAAGCUGAAAACUUCUCCUUGCACCUUCGUUACCUGUGACUCCUUCCCCGAACGCAGGCGUGUUUUAAAUGUAGCAGAGAGGAGAAGAAGGAGCGGGAGGAGUCCCCCUCUGAUUUUAUGGAGGCUUUUCAUCCGUCAAAAAAGAUGGAUUCAAACAGAAGUUAAUUCAGUGCAAGGUUUUAACCCAGGAAGCAUCAGGAGAGUGUGAGAUGAUUGCAAGGUACUGCAUGUUCUGCUCACAGACAGACGUUUUCUUCUUUUUUUUUUUUUUUUUACACACAACAAGUGACUUCUCGUCUCGUCAUCAGGCCUCAUUUCCCUCCAGGAUGAACUCCCGCCGUCGUCAGACUGCAGCGCUCUGCUCUGUCUGCCACAUUCCUGACUUUUCCCGACGAACAGGAAAACUUCCUGAUGGUUUAAUGCACCGUGGUGUAUUUAGAAAAACACACAAACUGUAGCAGAAAGCGAUCCGUGACGCCUUUUUUCGUGGUCACUGCCUGCAAAAGUUAAAGGGAAGGAACGCCAUAAACAGUGUUAAAUCCAUUUCAGAAGGUGUGCUUUUCCAGAGCGGUGACAGGAAGCAGCAAGUUCUGCACUGGUGUUGAAAAGUGUCACUUCGCCUCGCCGUCCUCACAUAUCAAACCCCAAACUGACACGUUAUGCUUUGUUUUAUGCGUAAUCCACGUUGUGCUCAACCUUAUUGAUAAUUUAAGCAAACAUGGUUGAAGAUGACUGUACAUUUCUUUAUUUAUAAAAUUAUUAUGUUUAAAAAAAAAAAGGUUUUAUUAUGAUUCCUGACGUUGAGUGUAUUUAUUAUUUUGAAGCCGUGUGAAGAGUGUGAAUGAGAUGAGCUGUGGAAGGAGCAAAAGAUGAGUUUUUCUUUUUUCAUUUAAGCACCUUCUGACAUUAAAAAUUUUAAUCAUGAAGUGAAGAUGGUUUUACUGUCUGCCACGUGUGUGUGCGUGUGUGUGUGUGUGUGUGUGUGUAUUAUGAGACCACAAACCGUCCUGCUGGGAUGGAGAAUUACUCGUGUCACUACAAAUAACGGUGUUAUUUGUUCAUGUUUUUCCCUGGUGGCCAUUGUGUGGCUCUACUUUCUCCCAGUCACUGUAUUUGUUUCAUUGCAGAAUUUGUAAAUAUAAUUAUUGGAAGUGUAGCUUUGCCUCGGUUUAUUUCAUCAUUGAUCUUCAUAUGUGUUCGUUUGCGAGCCCAAAAAAACUGCGUCAGAUGUCCUUGAAUGCAGCUCAACUACCUGAAAAUAUCAAAUGAAGUUGGAAAAUAAGUAAACUUAGAAAAUACAGCAUCCAGAGCAUUAAUGCUACAUGUCAGAUCUUUGGUAAAAGCAGGUAUAUUUUGGCUCCAAAUCCCAGAAAAAGCACAUCAGGAAGUAGGAAAAUGAACAACAGCUCUGCUCAGCUGAACGAUGCAGGAAACGCCUCCUGCAUUCUUCACAUUUCCCCACAGUAAAGCUGUAGUAAAUCAUUCAUAGGAAGCACAUUUCAGCAAUGAGGACAUUUCCCAAGUUUUAGGAUCUUAAAAAAAAUCUAACUAAUAGGAGCUCUUUUGAAACAUGUUUCUGAUUUACAGCUUCUGCUGUUUAGACUUUUUGAGACUCAAGUCUCAAACUGCAUUAAUGUUCUCUCUUUCACUCGCAUCAUGGUGUUCUGGAUUAAAGCAUUUCAAAGCUGUAUACAUAUAGAGAAAUCUGUUCUCCAAACACAGUGCUCAUGCUGUAAAAGUCACUGUGGCUCCAAACAGAGUAUCUGAAUUAGAUCCUGCAGAACUAGCGUUAGGAAAAGUGUUCAUUUCGUUCACAUUUCAGGAUGUUCCAUGUUCUCUGAAUACCAUUUUGUCCUCACAGAUGUAUUUAGGCCCUGAAAACAUUAUGAGGCUCCUGCUUUUCCUCCUCUGACAUGUUGAAAUGUUGGUAAAAUAAACAUCCUAUCUUCAGUUAGUUAAUGGGGGGAAACCGCAAGGCAAUAUUUACAGUGAUUUUUUUUUGGAAUAGUAAUGCAGACUUAUCUUUCUUUGGACAAACCAGACUGUUUCCCUUUACCUCCCCUCUUCACUGCUAUAUGUAGUUUGGUCUUAAGUAUAUAUGGCAUUUUUUCUUCUGACCUAACCCUCUGCAAGAAAGCAGUUCCAGAAACACUUCCUUUUAUUUAAAAAUAGCUCGUCCAGUCUCGUGAGUGCCAAAGAGUCUUCCGUGAUAUCAUCACUGACCUUUUUCUAAGUGUUUAAAAGAGUAGGAAUAUUUUUAUUGUUGUUUUGUUGCCAUUUCUUUAGUUUUUUUUGUUUUAUGUUUUUUUUUUUUUUUUUUUUUGGGGGGGGGGGGCUUUUGAUAACCACCUUGAAAAUGUGACUACCCACAAUGCAAUUCCGUCCCACUUUGUUCCCACACCGUGAGCUGUACAGUGUCAAAUAUUUGUACAGAGUUUGUAAAUAUGUCUGUAUCGCUCUUAUCUGUCCCCACGCUCUGCAUUUACAUGUCUGUGUUGUUGACUUUGAGAAAUCUAAGGGAAGUGCUGCUGAUCGGCGUUGGCAGACCCUGACAUGUAAAGAGGAAUACUGAAACCACGACUGUCCGCAGUCGUCCAAAACAAAUCCCGCAAAGCGCACGGCUUUUUUCUCAGCACAUGUGGUGUUUUCACAGAGAUCACAGAUGAGCGGUGGAAAUAUUCUGUACAAUUUCACUGUAGAAGUCGGCUUGUUUUUCGGCUCUAUAUGAGGAAGGAGAGUUCAUGUCAAAGAGAUCAUCACUUCCUUCUUUUUUCUUUUCCUUCAAAGAGAAGGAACCAAAGCUGCGGUGUCAUCUAGGAAUGAGUCAGCUGAUAUUCAUUGAAGUUCGGGCUCCUGUACGCCCGCCCAGUGAAAAUGUCACCGCUGACUAACACGGAGUUGUGAGUUUGAGCGGUGGCGGCCUGGUCGGCGUGAGUCGGACAGGGACGGCCAGCUGUUCCGAGGGAAACUGUGUUCUCAUUGUAUUCACAGACCGAAGGCCUCCUUGAUGAGAGGAUGCAAUGAUGUAGAAGAAAAACUACUGAUUUUUUUAAUUACUGGAAUAUAUUGAUGGUUGCAUUAACAUAUUUUGAAUAAAUUGUAUAUUUUGAGAAUUUUA